AUGACCGUGACAUGCGUUUCUAAAAUAAUUGUUACAGGUAAAACCGUUUCCCAGGUAGCUCUAAGAUGGCUCUUACAAAAGGAAGUUGUAUCUGCUGUCGUAAUCGGCUGUACAUCUAUACAGCAACUGGAAGACAAUAUUGGCGCGUCAGGAGGUUGGGAAAUCUCGGCAGAUGAGAUGAAAGAACUAGAGGCGGCUGCUCCAUUGUCAAUAUCUUACCCUUACGACCUGCUCAGGGGACUAACUAUGUCCGGAAGAAUAAACAAAUAUAUUUGAUCUUUCAUAUAAUUGUGAAAGAAGCAGUUUUAAGCAUAAUUUACUUAUAUUGUAUGCCAUCAUCUUCAUAUCAUUUCCUUUGAAAAAAGAUAUAUACCAGUCAGCGCUAGAUUUGUAAAGUUUUAUUACGUGCUUAACCAGACCUUCUGGGGUGUAGCCAGGUGUUUCAAAAUAUACCGGGUAGUUAAUGUCACCAUUUUAACACACUGACAAUUUUAUUUAUAUCCAAACCUUAUUUACCAUAUUUAUACAGAAUGUGUAUAUUCAUUAAAUAACCAAUAAGGCAGUGGCAAUACUUUCAAAGGGAAAUAAAUGCUAUUUAACCGAUAUAAUUAUUAAAAAUUGAAUAUAAUGUAUUGGUUUUAAUGUUUAUUGAUGCUUAUUUAUUUCUACUGCAUUUAAGAAUAUGAAAGAAAGAGAAAUAAGAUCAAUACAUGUGUGUAUUUUAGUUCAUUCAGAUAACGUAAAAUUUACCAUGAAAUAUACAUGACCCUUCUACAGAGAAUAUGGAACUUUAUAAAUUUAUUAGUAUUGUAUUUGAAUUGAUAUCGCCAUGAAACGAUUUCGGUAAUUAAUAGUUAUUGUAU